AAAAUAAAUUAUAAAUUUAUACACAGAAGUAUAGUGGAAUAGUUUAACAAUGUGAUUGUAAGAGAAUAAAGUGUAUAAGGACUUAGUUUGUUGAAAUCGGUAUGACAUAAAAUAUCAUGGAUCCUCAAGAAUUAGUGCCGUUAGAAGCGGGUCUAGCGAACCGUCCACGUCCGACACGUCAGUUCAGCCAGCUACCAUCGAGAGCCUGCUACCAGGGUCCCAUAAGACUAUGCAGGCUACUAGCCUUGAUGAUAGUACUGCCUUGCAUGUUUAUCUUCAUACCCUUGUAUAUGAGGUACAAAGUAUUCUCCGGUCAGAUGUAUCCUAUGAGUAUGACUGACAUGCGACUCAUUGACAGCAAAAUCUCACCCACCUGGUGUCAGCGCCAAGUGGUGAAGUCGAACGCUACCUUCAACGCCUUCGUGGUGCCAGGUCCUCCAAGCCUUUCGGAUGAACUGGUCCCCGUCUCCAUGACCCGGGAAUUGGAGCUUGAAGACGAUAUGAAGGAAUACUGGGGAUUCUAUCUAUUAAAGGGGUCUUCGGUUACCGUGUCCACUUGUGUCAGAUGGCCAGGUGCUUCGUUAAUCAUGAUAAAAGGCUACAAGCAUCUUAAGGAAUGCGCAUACAUCGGAGACAACUCGUCAGAAGAAUUAGACGAACUGCUAGAAGCUUAUAAUCUAGGUCUUCUAUCUAAUACUACACUAUUGGAGAAGGUGCAGGAAUUGAAAAAAGUCGAUGGAAAGGCUAAUGAUCCUGGUGCUAUGAAACGUCACAAAGCUGGCGUAAGCUUCCACGAUCCCAUGCAACGAGGAAAUAUGACGUCAUCGGAUCCCGUACCAAGUGUUGACGUCACUGAUCACGAUCCCAAAGAACUAAGAGAGAUUUUGGAGCGACUCCACGCAAUACGUCAGGCGGCCAAAGAUGAGCAGCUGAAGUACUAUCGGCCGCCGUCGCAUCUGAUGGCGCUCACUGAACUGCACAGACAUAGAGACACCAAUGUUGAUAGAGACACUAGACAGUGGCUUUCUUUUAAAGAUAUAGACGGCAAUGUUAGCGAUCAAGAAGUUGCUAAAAAUAAAUCACUAGAAAAAACUCUCCAUUCAAACAAUACAGCAGAAGUUAAGAAAACACCAGACAUAAAAUCUACAACAGAACAAUAUGAAAUUACUACGAAAAUAAACAAUUCAAUUGAAACAACUAAUACGAUAGUUGUAACAGAGAAAUAUGAAUCUCCUACAAACAUUAAAAUGGAUACUGAGAACACAAAAAUUCAAUUAAAUAAUACGGACACAGACGUAAGUUCUAAAGAAGUAUUUGAGGACGUUCUAAAACAACUGCAAGCGUUAGGAGACAGGGGAAAAAAGGUUCUGUACAAACUGCAUAAGACAAUGGGUGUCGAUUACCAAGAAAAGCAGGCAUUAAACAGGUCUUUAAUCAUGAGCAAGGUGACAGGCAGUGAAGAUGAAUUGGAUCGUUUGAGAAAAGUGUUGGUGGAGGCCAUCGAUGAGGAGAAGAACAAGACGCAGAGACAACAAAAACGACGUGACACAAGAGAAGAAGCAAGAGCUAGAAGAGAUCUAAUGCUAGGUCAGAUCGAGCUCAAGAAGGAACUAAACGAAGACGACGAGGCCAGGAACACCGCACAGGAAGAUGUAGAGGAGGGUCUGACUCCUGACGGCUACGCGGAGCAUCACAGCCAAGUGAACGAGACGACAGCAUUCGAUAUGUCCAACUCAGAAUUCUGGUCCUCGUUCUCCAGUAGUGAGGAGGCGCUACUGGAGUGUCAGGGGUUGCUGCUCAAUCUGCCGCUGACGCCGCACGCGCGCUGCACGCCCGGUGAUGACCACCCGCAGGCCGCUAGGGCUAACGCACUCACAUACCGGGUGCCAGCCAACGGGUAUUAUUUCUUCGUGUUUAACUCUGAGAAUGAAGUGCAGAGGAACUUCAUCCGCGCUCGCUUCGAGCUGCAGAAGACGCGGUACGACGUAGCGCGCACAGCACUACGAGAGUGCACCAACACUACCGAUCGCUGCGACCUCACGCUAGACAUCUUCUCCGCACAGAAGGUAGUUCUAGAAGUUCCACUUCGCAACAACGACUCUCUGUGGAACGAACAGUUUGUGAUUGUAUCGGAGUGUGAACCGCGCACUGCGGUGUACCUCGCAUGCGUCAUCGCCGUGCCCAUUCUCAUACUGGUCUUUGCCUUUCAGUAGUUCAAUGGCAUUGCAGUACAAUGGACUACUCUACAUUAUAAUGGUUUUUAAACGUGUAAGUUAUAGAUUUUAGCGCCAUCUGUUUAUUGAAUUAAAGAAUUACAGAUAAUUAAGACGUUUUGUUAAUGCAAAAAUUCUCAAUGUGACAAGAAAUCGAAUUAAAUCAUUGUCUUGUUAUAAUA